AGUCAUUCAGACAGCUGAUUGGUUGAUUUCAUUCAUUCAUCAAGGACUUUGUUUGCUGAUUCGUCUGAAUUUACUGUGCUUUUCUCACGAAUCUCGCGUCAAAUUGGAGGAAAAACUACUACUGUUUGUGUGCUUAAAGCUAGGGAUAGUUUCGUUUAGGAUUUUACGCAACCGGAAGUGCUAGUGGGGGGCUCGUAGUGAACAUGUUCAACUUUGACGGUGACUUCCGUCGACGGCCUCAGCAAAAUUUGGGUGGUGCGUCGUCGCAAAAAUCGGACCGUCUGACCAUCAUCCGGAAGGCCCAACAGGAACGGCAGAAACGGGAGGAUGCUCGCCGUCAGCAAAAUGGUGCUGUGGUGAUUCAAAGCUCGGUCAGGAGCUUUGUGCAGCGCCAGAACGUGAAACGUCGUGAACGGGAAAGAUUCGACGAACAUCGGAAGAAGCUGAACGGGACGAUCGAAAGUUUGGAGGAUUUGGACUUCCUGACCCGCCGGAUUGUUUUCUUCUAUCAAGGCUCAGGGCAGAGCAAGGACGGCGAAAGAUUGAUUUUCCUUUGCCAAUAUGUAGUCAAAAAUCCAAAAGUAAUCUAUGAAGCGGCUACGACACAGCCAAUGUGGAUCUAUAGAAUCAAAAAAUUGCUGGGACUAUGUUUGGAGCAGAUGUUUGCUCCUGAUCAGUCACCGGCCAUUCCGAUGAGAAUGUUGGAAAUAUUUUCUUCCAAUGCAUACAUUUCCCGGUACCUACCGCAGGACAAUCCGCAGCUGGCGAGAGGUUUUUUGGAGAGCAUCUUUUGUUUUCUGAUACGGCAGCGGUACUUUCGGAUCGUUCGGCAGCUCAUCGAAGAAAAGAUACCGGCACCGGACGAAGACACUGCAACAAUACAGAAUCCGAUUGCCGAUGCCCUGUUGCAGAUGUUAAUCCGUCCGCUCAAGUUGCUUCCAACGAACAACGCAACGUUCGACAAAAGCAUCAUGCAAUCGUUUGUAUUUCACAUACUAUCGCCGGAGUUUUCCAGACAAAUCCGAUACUACAUUUUACCCGCAUUGGCAAAUUCGGAUGAGUUUCCCUACACGGCCUUAAUUCGAUAUCUGGCCGAGGAGUACCAGAGCCGUUUGGACUAUCAGAACACAAUUCUCAUCGACAUCGAUGACGAGAUGGACGGGAGUGUGUUCAGUGGCAAUUUAGGCUCUGGUAGUUCUAGUAAGAAACCUCGAAAGAAUUUUGAAAAAGAAAUUCUAGAUUUGACGAGUUUUCUGCUGUAUUCAGUCAUGCGAUUAGGAGAAAAUAAACUAGAUAAAAUCGAUGACGAGCAGUUGUACAGCGAGUACGUCAAAGUUCUCUCAUCCAUGGUUAGCAACAUAAUGAAACUGCCGCGAGUGACCAUCGAAACGUACCAGAACCGGCAAGACGAUUCAAGCGAUUCGGAGUCCGAAUCGGAUGACGUUCAAAUGCUCAACAGUAUGGAAAAUCGAACGCUCACCGAAGCCAUCGGCAUGUUCAACGAUAACGACCGGGUGUCGUUUAUCGUGCAACAUGUAGACAACAUACUGGACAACCCCGCAGUGGUGCAGCACCUGUGCUUAAUUUGCCACAAUCUGAUGACCUACAACCGGCUGGCGGUGUACGAGUACAAGCUGUUGUACAUGUUGGCGUCGAAGCCGCAGUUCGUUCGGUCUCUGUGGUAUACUUUGACCGCUCAGACUGCUAGCCAGGGCUUUUCGUCUCCCAUUUCGUUGCUGUCCAAGGGAUUGACAAUAUCCAAGUACGACUCGGACCGGAUCGUUCCCAUACUGGCUUCCUUUUGUGCCCUCUUCGGGCGCCUGAUAGCUACGCUGCACGACGGGGAGUUUUGUCAGGAAAACGUCCUCCCAGGCACGGUUAGCAAGAUCAUGCCGUUCACGAUAGCGGAAAUCAUACCACUGAGCACUACUCUGAAGGAGAUAUCGCUCGGCCUGGUAGAGUUGGCAUUCCCGGAAACACGAUCCUCUCUGAAGGAUAGCUACCGGACGAUGCUGACGUCGUUGAACAACGAAUCAACAUCGCACUAUCGGCUGAAAUGUGACCGUCAGAACGAGCAGUCCAAGAACGUGUGGCCCCAUCUGAUGAAGGUUUGCGUGUCGUUGUUGCGGCAGAUCCACACCCGAGAUCUGCGACGAGGCUUUUGUCCCGAAGGUCAUUGGACUGCUCAAAAUCUAAACCUUCCGCUGGACAAACCAACUGAUUUACACCUUUCGCGAGGAAGACGGGGCCCGAGACCGUUCCAGCCGAUUCGAGACUUCACUCGGGAGGAUGCCGAGGAUGGUCCACCGCUGUCGACCAAACAGAUCCGAUCGAUCACCAUCUUGCGGGAGAUCCCCUUUGUGGUGGCAUUCAACACUAGAGUUGGCGUUUUUCAGGGAUUAGUUGCGGCCGACAAGCUACGAACCCAGGGGGAUCUGCAGGGAUUCCUGCAGGGACCCUCGAUUCAGCUGACCGUCCGGAGAUCGCAUCUGUACGAGGAUGCCUUCGACAAGCUUAGUCCGAUCAAUGAACCCGAUUUGAGGCCGAAGUUACGCAUCGAAAUGGUGAAUUCAGUAGGAAUGAGAGAAGCUGGCAUCGAUGGCGGUGGUGUAUUCAGAGAAUUUUUAUCCGAGCUUAUCAAGACUGCUUUUGAUCCCCAUCGAGGAUUUUUUAUGAUCACAAAAGACAACAUGCUCUAUCCGAACCCGAGUGUAAGUAAAAUCGUAGAGGACUAUCAGCGGCACUAUUAUUUCAUUGGCCGCAUUCUCGGGAAGGCACUGUACGAAAAUCUACUGGUAGAACUACCGCUGGCGGAGUUUUUCCUCUCAAAAUUGGCCGGAAAGCAUUCCGACGUAGAUAUUCAUCAGCUGGCAUCGUUGGAUCCGGUGCUGCAUAGGAAUCUGAUGUCUUUGAAGGCUUACGAAGGUGACGUUUCCGAAUUAGGAUUAGAUUUCACGAUAGUAUGUGAUGAGUUGGGCGAAACAAGGAUAGAGGAACUGAAGCCAAAUGGUGCCAACAUCACGGUCAACUCUUCUAACCGCCUCGAGUACAUCCAACUGAUGGCCGAUUUCAAGCUGAACAAACAAAUUCGGUGGCAAUGUUUAGCCUUCCGACAGGGCUUGGCAAACGUCCUACCCAUCGAGUGGCUGUACAUGUUCAGCAACAAGGAGCUUCAAGUGCUAACGUCCGGAGCCGAAAUUCCGGUCGACGUGAAUGAUCUCCGCAUCAACACUCGCUACGGCGGUGAUUUUACCCUGGAACACGAAACCAUUCAGCUGUUCUGGAAGGUGGUCGAGGAGUUCGACGACAUUCAGCGGCGCCAGUUGCUCAAGUUUGUGACCAGCUGUUCCAGACCCCCGCUUCUAGGCUUCAAAGACCUGGAUCCUCCGUUUUGCAUCCAAAAUGCGGGCGAUACGGAUCGCCUUCCGUCGGCAAGCACCUGUAUGAAUCUGCUGAAAUUGCCGGCCUUCCAGGAGGAAGGUUUGCUGCGGGAAAAGCUACUCUACGCAAUCCAAAGCGGAGCUGGAUUCGAGCUGAGCUAAAAGCCAGUGGCAUCAUCCCACUACUUUCAAUCUGUGUUACUACCUACCUACAUCCCUACAAACUCUGGUGUUGUGCUGGCUGGCCACGAGAGAGAGACUUGUGCAAAAGAUUCGGUUUAUCACUACGUCGUGUCUGCUUCCUUUCCACAAACUUGUAAGUAGAAUAUAUCGAUUUUAUAUGUAUAUGACUAGUAGUUUUUUCGAGUUCUCUGUCCUUUCCGUCUGGACAUUUCCCGGCAGAAGUGAUUUCGCAUACUUAUCAGUAACUGCAAUGGUUAAGCAAUUGUGCGUAAGUAUGAAAAGUGUUAUGCACUAUUGAUCUAUUUCUCAGUAGCCAGAUGUGUAUACAUAUUUGAACCCUGCGAGACUAAUUUUGAUCAUUGCUUUCUGGAUGACAACGUGAAAUAUGUGUGUAGAGCAAAUGGUGAGAAUAAAUAACACGUAUACAGUA